AUGGCUGGCGACAUCUCGAAUGAAAUGGAGCUCAAAUUCGCAUCAAUCCCGAAGCCAUUCAAGUGGACCAAAGAUGCCUGCUCUGGACUUGGUACCACAGAAAAAUUCAAGUCAGCCCAGAACACCGCUCAAUUCAAAGAAAAAGUUGAUUCUCUUCUUCAAACUGAUAUUUCCUCCCCUGACGACAUUCGCAGUUUCAAUGAAAUUGUGAUUGCCACCUUUACUAACCUGGCAAGUCAAGUUACCACCCAGAAAAGUGGAAAGCCCAGUACUAACAAAAACAAAUGGUUUGAUUGGAGUUGUAGGCUUGCUAAACGACUAGUCUGUAGAGACGAAAGAGCCAAGAAUAACACCCACAUCGAUCCUAUGCUCGUGGAAUCCAACCGAGCAAGAUUUUACCUCCGUAAGAAAGAAUACAGGGCACAAACACGAGCUAGAAAGGGAGCUUACCUAUACAAACUUAACGAGAAAAUCAACCACAGCAACAACAUCAACUGGGCUGCUUUGAAAGACCUCUCGUCCGCUUGUAAGGACCCUGAUACAUUCGACAUAUAUGACCUGGUCGCAUUUCACAAGUUCUUCAACGACCUAUACAAUCAGAAGUGCAAGGACUCCUCGCACGGUGGACUACAAACCAGUGGCGGAACCGAGUACCACCCCGAGCCAUCAGUCGAACUUGAAAAACUCAACACAGAGUGUACUAUCCAAGAACUUGAGAAAGUCACCAAUAAGCUCCAGAAUAACAAAAGCGUUUCAUGUGAUCUUAUCUCCAACGAGAUGCUCAAGAGCUCCAAACUCGGUCUCCAAAAAGUCCUUCUGAAACUAUUCAAUGGUUGCCUAACGCAAGGAAUCUACCCCUGGAACUGCUCAAUAACUACCCCCCUACACAAAAAGGGGGACAAGCAGAACCCCGAUAACUAUAGAGCAAUCACAGUCGGAAGUUGCCUUGGAAAACUCUUUGCAUCCCUCCUCCUUGAUAGGCUGAUCGAAUUCCGUAAAGUCGUCUGUCCCGACUUCCCUCACCAACUCGGAUUCAGAGCUGGUGCCCAGUGCUCUGACCAUAUCCUGACCCUUACAACGAUCAUCGAGAAGUAUACAAAGAAGCUGAAGAAGAAAAUAUUCGCUUGUUUCGUGGACUAUCGUAAGGCGUUCGACACAGUCUGCAGGGAGGCUCUCAUGUACAAACUCAGUAGACUUGGUAUCGGAGGAAGCUUCUUCUCUUGCCUCCAGAACAUGUACAACAACUGA